CAUUGAAUUAUUAAAUUUUCAACUGAGAAAACAAAGCAGUUUGCUUUUGUAAGAGCCGCUCGUUCUUCAAGACAACACACUACUCUCUUUCUCACUCUUCCAACUAUUUUCCUCUCUCUCUCUCCCCUUGAAUUCCGACGAAAUUAUGUUUCACUUUCCCUUUUAAUUCCUUGUCCUUUUUUCUUUCCACAGUAACUCAUAACUCGUUUACCUCAAAAUUUUGUUGGAGUAAUCCGACUUCAAGUGGAGACUGAAGCUAUGAGCUUUACAAGUCGACAAGUGUUUCUUGUUCUCUCUGUUUUAGCCUUGACAACAAUGCCCUUCUCCGCUGGAGUCACCAAUCUUCGAGAUGUUUCAGCGAUAAAUAACUUGUACAUUACUUUGGGAGCACCGUCUCUACAUCGGUGGCUUGCUUUUGGAGGAGACCCUUGUGGAGAAAAGUGGCAAGGUGUUGUCUGUGAUUCCUCAAACAUCACAGAAAUAAGGAUACACGGCAUGAAGGUGGGUGGAAGCUUAAGUGACACCCUCGCUGAUUUUUCAUCUAUCCAAGUCAUGGACUUCAGUGACAAUCACAUCUCAGGGACAAUUCCACAGGCUUUGCCUUCUACCAUCCGAAACCUAUCUCUCUCUAGCAACCGCUUCACUGGGAAUAUACCCUUUACACUGUCCUUUUUAACCGAGUUGUCAGAACUGUCGUUAGGGAACAAUGUUUUAUCAGGAGAGAUUCCAGAUUACUUUCAGCAGUUAACAAAACUGACUAAACUGUAUACUUUUUCUCCUUUCUUCUUUUCUCUCCCUUCCAUGCUUACUCCUUUAGUAUCUAAUUGCAGGGACUUAUCUUCUAACAUACUGGAGGGCCGUUUACCUCCCUCAAUGGGAGACUUAGCUGCUCUCAAGAUACUAUAUCUGCAGGACAACAAGCUCAUUGGAACGCUUGAUGUUAUAGAAGAUCUCUCCUUAACCGAUUUGAAUGUAGCAAACAACUUAUUCUCUGGACCUAUACCUCCAAAUCUAUUAAAAGUCCCAAACUUCAAAAAAGAUGGAACUCCAUUCAAUACAUCAAUUAUAACACCGCCUCCACCUGCUGCUGAUCCUCCUCCAGCUACUCACCAUGCUCCUCCUCUUCCUCGUGUCCCUCCUGUCUCCAAUAUUCCCCCUGCUCCUUUUUCUCCACUGCUACCAUCACCACCACCACCACCUUUGGUUUGGUCACCACCUUCUGAUAAUAUAGGAGGUGAUCCCUGGAACUCUGUGUCAGGACAACCUACUUUGCAAAUAUCACCUCCUUCAGGUUCAGGGUCAGGAAAGUUCUGGUCCACACAGAGAAUCAUUCUAGUCGUGUCCUCAGUAGCCAUCAUUGUUCUCGUAUCCGGCUUGUGUGUUACACUUUGGAGAUGUUGCAAAGGCAAGAAGUAUAGCAGAUACGGAGCUGAUGCUCGUAAAGACUUUCAACGACCAUACUUCAAUAAACCUCCAUCUCAACCAACCCCCACUUUGGGAAAAGUUUCUAGGGAGCCUAUGGUUAAGCCUUAUGAUGGAUACGGAGGUGGAGACAGGAAGUAUGGUUAUCCUAUGCCGCCACCACGGCCUGAAGAGAGCAGGAGAGCGAUUCCUCCUGCUUCAUAUUACAACAAGGAUGUGCAGAAGCCGUUACAACAACCACCGAGGCGUUUCCAGUCUAAUGACGAUGCUGCUGCUUCAAAGAGAGCAGCUCAUUUUCCUCCGGGGUUGAAUUCUUCAUCUUCGGCUACUGUUUUCACCGUUGCUUCACUUCAGCAGUACACAAAUGGUUUCUCUGAAGAGCUUAUCGUCGGUGAAGGGUCGCUUGGUAAUGUUUACAGAGCCGUCUUUCCUCAUGGCAAGUAUCUUGCGGUGAAGAAGCUGAGCAAUACAAUCAACAAAACGCAGAGUGAUGGGGAAUUCCUCAACCUAGUCUCCAAUGUCUUGAAGCUUAAACGAGGGAAUAUAUUGGAGUUUCUUGGUUACUGUAACGAGUAUGGUCAGAGGCUGCUUGUGUAUGAGUACUGUCCUAAUGGAUCGCUUCAAGAUGCAUUGCAUUUGGAUCGCAAACUGCACAAGAAGCUCACUUGGAAUGUGCGUAUUAAUAUUGCCUUAGGAGCUUCCAAGGCACUACAGUUCCUUCAUGAGGUAUGCCAACCGCCGGUUGUACACCAGAACUUCAAGUCUUCCAAGGUUCUCCUUGAUGAAAAGCUAUCAGUCCGUGUUGCAGACAGCGGUUUGGCUUACAUGUUGCCACCACGUCCAACGAGUCAGAUGGCGGGUUAUGCGGCUCCUGAGGUGGAGUAUGGAAGCUACACUUGUCAGAGCGAUGUUUAUAGCCUUGGUGUUGUGAUGUUAGAGCUGCUCACUGGACGCAGAUCAUUUGACAGGACGAGGCCGAGGGGACAUCAGACACUAGCGCAGUGGGCUAUACCUAGGCUUCAUGACAUCGAUGCGUUGACAAGAAUGGUUGAUCCGUCGUUACAUGGAGCAUAUCCGAAGAAAUCUUUGUCACGUUUUGCAGAUAUCAUAUCACGUUCUCUCCAGAUGGAACCAGGAUUCAGACCGCCAGUAUCAGAAAUUGUCCAAGAUCUUCAACAUAUGAUCUAAGAUAUACAACCCAACGCAGAAGGAUAUUUUAUUUGUCAGAUUCUUGUUUAUUCCUUUGAUGUAAUGUAACGUAUGAAGAACAAUCCAGUUGCAGCUUUUAAUUACUUGUUUGGUAGGUUAACGUAUGAACAAACCGUGGUUGAUUUUGGAAAUGUCUGGGGACGUGAAAAUAUCAUAUGAUCAAAACACAA